GUGCUUGCAAUAAGCUGUCGACUCUGCCAAGUAAUUGGCGGCGACUGCGUGUCGGCGUCACAUCACUGUCUGCGCAGCACUCGGGCCUCUCCCCACAGAACGAGCCUUGCAGUUCGCGAAGACAUCCGACAACGCGGCGCUGCAAGAGACGGCCAAAAAUGAAGUCUGUAGCGUUGGCGCUGGUGCUGCCGCUCUUCAGCCUCGUCGCUGGUAGCUUUGACCUGCCAGAUCUCUGCCAGUCACCGGGCCUCGAGAGCAAGAUACGCUUCUCGCUCAAGAGCGAGCGCAACGACACCGGGCCAUGGAUCUCCACGGUGAGUGGGGAGCGGUCUACGCCGGGCGGCGUGGCGGGCAGCGACUCCUGCCCCUGGGAAGUGCGCGUCGGCCACGAGGUCACCACCUGCCCGCUGCGGAGCCGCGGCGUGCGCCUCGCUGCCACCAUCGAGAUGCAGUCGAACCUGACGGACGCCGACGUAGCAGCGCUCGUGAAGAAAAGGGGCGAAGUUCCGCCGCCUACGACGGAGUACAAGACGAAGCUGGGGCACAGCGAGUACAAGCUGGACCUGCGGCUGGUCAAGUGGGAGCUGGCGCGCCAGUACUGCCAGGAGGAGGGCGCCGACCUCGUCGUCAUCAACUCUAAGCAGGAGGCCGACGUGCUGCGGAAGAUCCUCGCCGACCACGGCGUCAUCUCGGAGGACCCCUACGAGAACAAGCAGGUCUGGGUCGGCAUCCACGACCGUCACGCCGAGGGCAACUUCGUUACCGUCUUUGGCGAGCCGCUGUCGGAGACGGGCUACGUGUCGUGGUCGCUGGGCGAGCCCAACAACCUGAGCGGCAGCAGCGAGGGCGAGGACUGCGUGUCGAUGCUGCGCUCCGGCGACUACAACGACGAGAUCUGCAACAAGAAGCUCGCCUUCAUCUGCGAGCGGCCCUACUUCACCGAAAUCUACAGCUGACGGCCGCCUGGUGCAGUCUCGCGGCCGCCGCUCGCUGUUUAGGCUCGUCAGCCGAAAUACCGGGGCAUUGGCGGAUUCCUUCUUCUUGUUUCCCAGCUGUAUGACUCCUCGUUAGCAGCUCUUGUUUAUAGGCUCCUACUUUUAUACCUGCUGUACAUCAGAUCUUGUAUAUGCAAAGGCCUGAAAGGCCACAGUACUUGAGUUAACUGUGUUAUUUACCUGAUCAUUUCAAACGACACAAUAAAAGGCUAGUGGAGAGUGUGGUUUAAGAAGCAUUAAA